GCGGAGACCUUUUGUGGGCCAGCCCUGCUGGUUACGUUUGGGGAAGUUGCUCAAUAUCGGAAAACACUGUUUUUUUAGGUAUGUGAGCAAAACAUAACUGUUUGCGAUUUUUCUGGAUUAAAGAAUCCACUCGAUGGAGUAUAAUUAACGUCUUCAGGUCUAAGAUCAUGACAACAUGACUGUUAGAUAAAACCCAAUCUCGGGUUUGGUCACAAGUUCCCCGCAGAAUGGAUAGUUCAGUAACUUCCGCUACUUAUAUUCGUAACCUCGGUUAUUGUUUACGUCGCAAGUUGUCCGAUUUUUUGGAUCCUCAGGACAGGUGGAAAGAAGUUCUUGUAGAUAUACAGAAACCGAGCGGGGAGCCGAGGUAUUCCCAGCUUCAUGUCAGGAGAUUUGAGGGUCUUGUUGCACAGGGUCGCAGUCCCACAAUGGAGCUGCUCAAUGACUGGGGGACCACCAAGAGCACAGUGGGUGAACUUGUGGACAUUUUGAAGAGUCACGAGUUACUGGCUGCUGCCAAUGUUCUGCUACCCGAGUCCAGUCCAUUGGAGACACAGCUGACUCCUUUAAAAACCCGAAGCACUGCUUCAACCAGACUGCUGGAAGAGAGAGAUGUGCAGCAGCCUGUCACCACUGUGCUGCAGCUUCGGACGCCAGAGGAGAACACCGAACCAAUACACACAGGCUUCUCCAGUUUCUUAUAUAGUGACCUGAUGAGGAUCACAGGCAACUUUGAUGACCGGUCCACGUCAGCUGGUGGCAGCCGAAUUGGAGAGGGAGGCUUUGGGACGGUAUACAAAGGUCUCCUGGAUGACAAACCAGUUGCAGUGAAAAAACUCAAUCCAGUGGACGACAUGCCACUGGACAAGUUGCAAGAUCAGUUCAACCAAGAGAUCCAGACUCUGAAAGUGUUGAAACACGAGAACUUGGUUGACAUGGUUGGAUUUUCCUGUGACGAACAGCACCUGUGUUUAGUGUACGCUUUCAUGGCCAAUGGAUCUUUAUUAGACCGACUGGCUUGCUUUGAAGGAAGUCCUCCACUUUCCUGGCACCACAGGUGCUUGAUAGCAGAAGGAACAGCCAAAGGUUUGGAGUAUCUGCACUCCAACCAUCACGUCCACAGAGAUGUUAAAAGUGCGAACAUUCUGUUAGAUGAACAAUUUGUGGCCAAAAUCUCAGACUUUGGUCUGACGAGAGCAUCGGCCAAGCGAACAUCGACGACCAUGAUGACUGAGAGGAUCGUGGGUACCCGUGCGUACAUGGCACCGGAGGCGCUAAGAGGAGAGAUCACACCAAAAUCCGAUGUCUUCAGUUUUGGAGUGGUGUUGUUAGAAAUAUUGUCUGGACUCCCGCCAGUUGAUGAAAACCGGGAGCCACAGUUCUUGAUGGAGAUGAGGUAUGACAUAGACGAUGAAGAUGAGGAGCUGACUCUGGAGGAUUUUGUGGACAAAAAAAUGAAAGACUGGGAGCUGAGCCAGGUGGAGAGUAUUUACUCCUUGGCAUGCAACUGCCUCCAUGACAGGAAAAACAGACGGCCUGUCAUCAGACAGGUUUACGCAGAGAUUCACGGAGUCGUCAAAAACAUUGCACUGGAUCUUGAUAGAAAGGCGUGAAGCAAAGCAUCGUGGGAAUUCUGAGCUUGCUUCAAAUCACACUGCAGACUGACAGAAGAAUUACUGCACUGCAAAGCUUUAACUAUGUUUUUUUUAAAGGCUUGUAGCUUAUGUGUGCAAUUGCUGUAAAAAUACUGCUGAAUACAUUUCUGUGAGGCUUUUAAACAAAUCUAAUGGCCGAACUCUUUCAGAAUGCUGACUGCGGUUAUUCUCGCCACUGUUAAAUGUAUUUAUUACGAACAAUUAAAGAAAUAAAGUGAAAGAAAACGUGAUUUAAAUAUUUUAUUUUUCUUCUUUAAAAGAAUUAUAAGAAAACAUAAGACCAAACAUGAUUUUUUUUCUAUUAUAAUGACACUGUAUGAACAUAAAGGGAUAUUCCCUUCAAACAUGAGGUGAGCGAAGUAGUUUGCCUAAUAUUAAUCAGUACAUCAGUGGAUGUGGCAACAUUUUGAUCAAGGUAAUUAUAUUAUUCCCUUUCCCAUCCAGUAGCGUGGCAUUCCCUGUCAUUAUGGAAACCAGAAAAGCUGGAAAAGCUUCCUUCCUUGUGAAAUCUGAAAUGUGUGGAUGUAAUAUUUCUGGAAGCCCCAGUUCUUUCACUGUGAUCCUUACCGACGUGGACAUCUACCUCAACAGACCAGACUGUUUCUUAAUCAAAGAGCAUCACACAGCUACAAUAUGUACAUUUACAGCACUUGCAUAGAAAAAUAAGUAUCUCAGCAGAUGAUUUUUUUCAUGUAAACCACAGUUAUAUCAAAAAAGAAGUCAAUUUUUUUCCCCCAAUAUAAAAUGGACUGUUAAAAUGAAUCGUCAGACACAAGUUUGAGAAUUUUUUUUUUUCUGCUUUGGAGCACCUCAUUGUGCGAACAGUAGGAGACAAAUAAUCAACACAUUAGACACAGAAACAUUAAUUGACACGAGGAGGAAUGGAAGUUAGGAAUUUGAGCACGUGAACACAAAAUGGGGUCUUUUCAUCAUAUUGGCGAAAGUUCACAUUAGUUACACUAACAUUUUUGAAGUCUCAGAGCUGGCAACGAUGUGAAAAUUAAAAAAAAACAACCUCAUCUUUGACUUGGUUUGGGCCUCUCUGAAUUAUAGUAAAAGGAUUGUUAUGAAUGUA